AUGGCUUUUGGAAAGCAAAAAGUACUCAUACUCGGCCCCCUCCUCCCCCUCUCCGUCGCCAAGAUCCUCCGCGCCCUCGCCCAGGCCGAGAACCCCGGCCUCCUCAUCCUCGGCAAGCAGGCAAUUGAUGAUGACUGCAACCAAACAGGACAAAUGGUAGCCGGACUGCUUAAGUGGCCACAAGCAACCUUUGCCUCAAAGGUAAUAUUGGAUAAGGAAAAACAAGAAGUAACAGUUGAAAGAGAGGUGGAUGGCGGCCUUGAGACACUUUGCUUGGAUUUGCCAGCAGUAAUAACCACCAAUUUGAGACUAAACCAGCCAAGAUAUGCAACACUUCCCAACAUAAUGAAGGCAAGAUCAAAGGUUAUUAAAAAAGUCACUCCACAAGAACUGAAUGUGGAGAUAAAGUCGGACUUAGAGGUGGUUGAAGUCACAGAACCACCUAAAAGGAAAGCGGGUGUUAUGGUUUCUUCGGUGGAUGAGCUCAUCGACAAGUUGAAAACUGAAGCUCGUGUCUUGUAGGAAAUAUUUGCUAUAUUCAUUUACAUUGAGUUGUCCAUGUUGGCAUUUAGGAGAGCAGGAAAAUUUGAGCUUAGCAGUCUUCUAAGUAAUAUUUGCAUGAGUUGCUGCAUGUAAGAUGUCUUUUCAGAAUUUCUGAAAAUAAAUCAAGAAGAAAAUAGUUUUCACGCAUGCUCUCACUUAGUUUUCAACCUUUGAGUUCCCUUACUAGUUACAAGCAGCCUAGCAGAUAGAGUUAGGUUCUAUUAGAAGCUCAUUUUCUUGUUACACCAUAGCAAUUUUUCUGAGCGAGCUCGGAACAAGUUGUGAAUGGGGAUGAGGUAUGCACAAUAAAAAAUGCAAUACAUAUACUUUCAUGUAACAUCAACUUACUGUUACUUUACUAAUGCAAAUGAUUACAAAUGAUUUA